AACACAUCCUAUUCAAAUGAAUGCGAAUACAUUUCGCGUGUAAAACAUCUCGUGGUCUUCGUCAAGCUGCGGACAAAACGGAAGACAUUUCCGAGGCAAAACGUUGCCAAUAAUGACUGCGAAGUCAAAGUGAGGCAGGGAAAGGGAAGGCAAGGCAAGUCAGGGAAGGGAAGGGAAAGGAAAGGAAAGGAAGGGAAAGGAAAGGGAAGGCCUGGUCUUGAGAGCUUUUCGCUUCUCUUGCUUGCACAGGCAGCGUGAUGUCAGCGGUGGCUGUAUUGGUGUCAUUGACUCGGUAGGGGUGAUGGCGUCAUUUGAUGCCCUGCCGUAGCCUCCUGCUUCAAUAGCGAAGGGGAGACGGAGCUUUAGCCGACGCGACCGUGGCUCCCUUGGCCCGGAUCGAGCACCGCCGAGCCGGAUACCUCACCACGGGAAACAUGGAGGCUGCGGCCGAGGAGCUGCUGGCCGGCUCUCGGCUACCCGUCACUAUCGAUCAAAUAGUUAACGAUACGCUAUUGGUGACGCUGACCUACCGAGAGAGAAGCUAUACGGGGAUAUUACUCGACUGCAACAAAAAGACCGGGCUCUUCUGUUUGCCAGACUUAGCGGCCAAAGCGGUCGACUUCCCGGCGGUAUCUCAAACAACUUGUGAAAUAGCAGACGUUCUGGGUGAGGAGCAAGCUUCCAAAUCUCCCAGCCAGGCGGCACAAAGACCAAAGGAUGAAAAUAGUCUCCCUGAAAGCCGUCUAGCUCCUGCGCCUCCGCCACCGCCACCACUUUGCCCAGUUCCCACACCAGUGCCAGCUGGGCAGACGCCCUACCCUCCUUAUUUUGAAGGAGCCCCCUUCCCCCAGCCUUUAUGGGUACGCCACAGCUACAACCAAUGGGUACCGCAGCCCCCUCCCCGACCCAUAAAGAGGAAGAAGAGGCGGACGCGGGAGCCCGGCCGCAUGACCAUGAGUACCAUCCGGCUGCGGCCGCGCCAGGUACUUUGCGAGAAAUGCAAAAACACCUUGAAUAGCGACGAGGACAGCAAGGACGGCGUGAGCAAUGCAAAGAAUUCCAGAAAGGAAAACACACUACACAGCGACGAUGACGCCGACGAAGACAAAGAUACACCGAAUAAGCUCUCCAAGAAAAACGAUGCCGCCAAGGACAAUAAGAGACGGGAAAACGGCACCGGCGUGGACACCAAACGUCUCAGGAAGGACAAAAAGAGUGACGCUGAAGGGGACAAGUUCCCCACAGGCGACAUUAUUCCUCACAGUCCUGUCAUCAAGAUUUCCUACAGCACUCCACAGGGCAAGGGGGAGGUCAUGAAGAUCCCUUCCCGAGUCCACGGUUCAGUCAAACCCUUCUGUCCCAAGCAGCUGGCGCAUCAUGGCUUGGGCGAGAACGGCAAGAUUCCUUCCAACGCCACCAAGGAGCAAAGGCACAUUUUAGACGCUCGCCGCUCCGGUCUCACUGUAUCCAUUCCCAAACUCAAACUGACGAGGCCCUUCACGACCGUGUGUCAGGAUUUAGCACCCUCGCCCAAUAUCCGCCUGAGACAGAGGGAACACCACGAGAGCGUGGUGGAGUACGAGGCGCAGCUCGUCGGCGACGCCAGAAGACGAAGUCCGAGGGCGCCGGGACCUUGCCUGGGCCAUUCCGAGGACUCGCGAGAAGGCAAGAACUCUCUGGAGUUGUGGUCAGGGAGUUCGGGGGAGGAAGCCGAGCGCGGCCACAACGACCUAACGCUUCUCAUCAAUUUCCGUAAACGCAAAGCCGAUUCGUCCAGCCUGUCGGUUUGCAGCAGCGACAGCCUGGACGAAUCCAAGUCGUGCAGCUCGGACGGCACGUCGCCGGAGCUCUGCGACUUGGCGCCCGGCGAAGACCUUUCCGUCACCUCGUCUUCGUUACCGUCACGGGACGAUUGCAAGACGGUGCCCCCCCUCACCGUGCGCCUACACACUCGCAGCAUGACAAAAUGCGUGACGGAAGACGGACACGCCGUGGCCGUGGGAGACAUUGUAUGGGGCAAAAUCCACGGCUUCCCCUGGUGGCCCGCACGGGUCCUCAGCAUCAGCGGCACCCGCAAAGAGGAAACGGCCACCUGCGAAGCCCAGUGGCCCCAGGCCAAGGUGGCGUGGUUCGGUUCGCCCACCACAUCCCAGCUCUCCGUUGCCAAGCUUUCCCCCUUCAGAGAGCUCUUCAGGUCUCGUUUCAACCGCAAAAAGAAAGGGAUGUACCGGAGAGCCAUCUUGGAGGCGGCCAAGGCCGUCGGACACAUGAGCCCAGAGAUUACCUCGCUCCUUUCUCACUGCGACCCAUAGGAAGCUGGGUGCUGAAGGGAGGUCUCCCAGGGUUUUUUUGUGACCCUGUCAUCAAGACCCAGGAGGGGAGUAUGCGCGGUUGCCUCGGCGACUAUUUAUAUGCUGCCCUCCGCCCCACUACCACCUCCCUCCCUUCUUCUUCUUCUUUCGUUUCUUUUUCACAAGGCUGUUGUAAAAUGGCUGCCAAGGUGGAGGAUCGUUUCGGGCAUGGGAGCAAAACAAAACGACAACAAGAAAGAAGGACCAUGCAGCACAUGGUCUGCUGGGACUAUUCCUGUUCCCCCCCUGCUGCAAUCAUGUUUCGAUAGAGCCGAACAAUGAGCAACAUAACAAGAACCAGAAUGUAUUUAUUGCUAUAUUUUCAGAAUCCAUCUUUCUAUCUGGGAAAAGCGUGCUGCUGUCAUGAAUCCCUGCGCGCGCCGCGCCACCCUUUGGACAUUUAACGGAAGGGUUCAAAAAGUCUUAAACAACCUAACAUCUCCAAACUGUGAACAGCUCCAUCCAGUGAUAAUAGUAACUGUUCCUCAUCGAGUGACCAGUGUUCCAUCCAACAUGACUCGGAUUAGUGCAUGUUUAUACCGAUGGUCAUCCUUUGUAUGUCACCCUUACAUUUCAUUUUGAACGUUCGAUAUGUCAACCCCUCUUUCUUUCUUUUUUCUUCCAUCAUUUGUAAUUAUUUAAAGCAUUACGAAAAACAAAAAAAAGCACUUUAUCGGUACCUUGGUGGCCUGCUGUAAGCUCACU